AUGUCAACUACUUUAUUACAACUCACUUCGUCACCUGCUUUAUCAUCACCUACUUUAUCAUCACCUACUGCACAAGAAACAACAUCCUCAAGGGGUAAUGGUAAUGGUGCUCUUCAAAAUAAUGGAUAUUCAUUUGUUGGAAGUACUCCAAGUACCGUUUUAUUCUUUUUAGCAUUAGGUGUUGGUGUUGCUAUUGCAUUAUUAUUUGUAUUUUUCACAAUUAGAUAUUUUAUAAGGUCUAAAUAUGGAUUAAAUUUAUUUCCAAUAAAUAGGAGAAAUUUUUACGCAAGUUUUUCGAGUAGAUAUGGUGGAGGUACUUCAAGUUCUAGUAAUAAUCAACAAGAUUCACCAAUAAAUGGACAUGCAUUUGCGCACAUUUUCACAACUACUGAAAUUCAAGAGCAAUUAGAAUAUAUAAGAGAUCAUAAUUUUAUACGAGGUGAAUCAAUUGAACAAAGAUUAGCAACUUCAAAUUUGAAUAAUAGUACAAGAGCAAGAAGACGGAGAAGGAGAAGGAGAAGAAGAAGAGAUAGGUUUUCGAAGCUAAAGAAAUUGUCAAUUGAAGAAGUAGAGUUGUUAUUUCCCAAGAAGACAUAUUAUGAUUGGUUAAAUGGUGGUAAAGAAAGAGAUGUGGAAAUUAGAGAAGGUAUGCUAAAAGAGGAAGAGGAAGAGCCUGGAACACCUACAGUAGUUAACGACGAAGAUUCAUUUCAUUCUGCUCAUACAAGCAGUGUAGUUGAUACUUCAAAUGGUAAAGAUAUAGAGUUAAUUGAAAUUACUCCAAUAGUGAACGAAAUGGAAGAAACUGAUAUAGCAACACAACCGUCAUCAUCAAAUAUGAAGUUAGAAACAAUUCAAAGGUUACAUUUUGAUUCUGGUUCAUGUGCAAUUUGUUUAGAAUUAUUAGAGAAUGAUGAUCUUGUAAGAGGAUUAAUUUGUGGUCAUGUAUUUCAUCAAAUUUGUUUAGAUCCAUGGUUAAUUAAAAGAAGAGCAUGUUGUCCAAUGUGUAAACGAGAUUAUUUAUUCAAAAGAGAUUAUCAAAAUAACAAUCAAGGAGCUAUUGAUGAGCAACAAUCAUCAACUACCACAGAUCAGCCGCAACAACACGGCCAAGAUGAAGAUGAAGCAUCAGAAUACGAUGAAGUUUCAAGUAUUGAUAUUGAGGAUAUUAGAAAUGAUCCAACUUUACAAGCUAUGAUUCAAGAUUUAGUACCUGCAUCAGAAAGAGUUCGUAUAAUAUUAAAUGAUCCAGAAUAUCAACAAUUAAAUUUAGAAGAAAGAGGUAAAGAAAUAGCCAAUAAGAAAUAUGGGAGAUUUCCAAAGAUUAUAUGGUGGAAAAUAUUGGGUAUUACCAAGACAAAUUUAUUUCAUUGGGCUAUUUUGAAUUUGGUACAUCAAUACAGAUUAGAGAAUCCAAUUCAGCCAAACAAUGAAACAAAUCAAGGAUCAAAUGAAAAUAAUGAAACACAAACUAAUAAUGAAAAUCUUGGUGAAGUUGAUAUAUCAGAAUCAAGGAGGGAAACGGUUGAAAAUAGGGUAUAA